AUGAACCCUCAACCCGUGUUUCCACUUGUAGCCCAACAUCCUCCUCGAUUUACAUCUCAAAUUCCUCAGCAUGAUCUUGUAGUGGGAGAGAGGUUGCUGGCCUUGGCCCAACCACCACCUGAGCUCCAUCCCUGGCGGAUGUUGCCCUCCCUCUGUGCUUACCCCUACCUCUACCUCUACCUCUUCAUCUUACCAUCGAUUCCGCCACUAAAAGUGCUGCAGCAAUUUCUGUCUCUACGAAGGAUAGAUCUACGUCACUCCUACAGGCUGAAGAGAACACCAGAUUUCAAGGGGAUGCCAAAUUUGGAGUAUUUGAAUCUAGAGCAAUGUACGAGUCUUGAAGAAGUUCAUCCUUCCCUCAAGGAUUGCAAAAAACUCAUUGAGUUAAAUUUGUCUUAUUGUACAAAACUUGAGAGGUUUCCAUAUGUUAAUGUGGAAUCUCUUGAAUCUUUGGAUCUAAGAUCCUGCUCUAUUUUAGAGAAAUUUCCAGAAAUCCAUGGAAGGAUAAAGCAGGGAACUGCCAUAAAGUUGGAGGUGUUGGGGUGCUCAAAACUUGAAAGCUUGCCAGAAGAGAUAGGUGAUUUAGAAAACUUGGAGAAGCUUGAUGCCAGAGAUACUCUAAUCUCACGUCCUCCGUCUUCCAUCGUCCGGUUGAACAAGCUUAAAAGUUUGAGUUUUCGACUUUGUGAUUAUGGAGUGUUCUUUGUGUUCCCUCUGGUGAAUAAAGGGUUACUCUCAUUGGAAUCUCUGAAUCUCAGCUACUGCAAUAUAAUAGAUGGAGGACUUCCGGAAGACAUUGGAUCCUUAUCCUCUUUGAAACACUUGUAUCUCUGUGGAAAUAAUUUUGAGCAUUUGCCUCAAAGCAUAUCCAAACUUGGUGCUCUUGAAUACUUGGACUUAUCAGAUUGCAAGAGACUUACACAGCAGCCAGAAGACAUUGAAUAUUUAUCCUCUUUGAAAAAGUUGUAUCUCAAUGGAAAUAAUUGUGAGCAUUUGCCUCAAAGCAUAUCCAAACUUGGUGCUCUUGAAUACUUAAACUUAUCAGAUUGCAAGAGACUUACACAGCUGCCUGAAGACAUUGGAUGUUUAUCCUCUUUGAAAAAGUUGUAUCUCAAGGGAAAUAAUUUUGAGUAUUUGCCUCGUAGCAUAGCCCAACUUGGUGCUCUUGAAUACUUGGACUUAUCAGAUUUCAAGAAGCUUACACAGCUGCCAGAAGACAUUGGAUCCUUAUCCUCUUUAGAAGUGUUGAAUCUCAAUGGAAAUAAUUUUGAGCAUUUGCCUCGUAGCAUAUUCGAACUUGGUGCUCUUGAAUACUUGGACUUAUCAGAUUGCAAGAGACUUACACAGCUGCCAGAAGACAUUGGAUAUUGCAAGAGGCUUACACAGCUGCCAGAAUUUCCACAGCAAUUAGACAAAAGAGAUGCAGAUUGGAGCAAUGAUUUGAUCUGUAAUUCAUUGUUUCAGAAUAUCUCAUCAUUGCAGCAUGACAUCUGUUCUUCAGAUUCCUUGUCACUAAGAGUGUUUGUGAGUUUGAAGGUGGAUAUCCCAAGUUGGUUCAACUAUCAGGGAAUGCCUAAGAAUUGGUAUGUAAGUGAUAACUUCUUGGGAUUUGUUGUAUGUUAUUCUGGCAAACGAAUUGAUUGCAUCACAGCUCAUUUGAUUCCCUUAUCAUGUGAUGGUGGGAUGUCGUCGAUGACCCACGAAUUUGCCUUAUCCAACAAUUCACUAUAUUCUUAUGAAUGUGAUAUUAAUUUUUUGUUGGUACCUCUUGGUGGCUUAUGGGAUGCAUCUAAUGCAAAUGGAAAAACACCAAAUGACUAUGGGUGCAUUAAGUUAGAUUUUAUUGGUUAUGUAGAUUUUAUUGGAGAAACAGAUGAUGAUUUUGGAGAAAAGCAGAAAUUUGGAGUUCGUUUGUUGUAUAAAAAUGAAUCUGAGCUUUGCAUUGGGAUAAGGAAGAGAAGAUAUGAAGAAGAGGCCAGUUGCUCCUCUUCUAAGAAACAAAGGCAACUCUUGCAGUUCUUUCCCACAAGCCCGGGAUUAUAG